AUGUUCAAAUACAUAUUAUUUGCCGCUCUUUUGGCUUUUACCGCUGCCAAGCCUUUAGUAGUGGAAUAUCCGGUAGCAUCGGUGUCCGCAUACUCUACUCCUGUGGCUGUCGACUACACAGCUCCAUACUACUAUCCGGGUUAUGCCACUGCCUAUGACUAUGCUGCAUAUUCCUACCCUUAUAAUUAUGAGUACUUUGUACGU